AUGCAACGCAACCCAUCGCAGUCGUUACCUCACCCGCCUUUACCGCCUGGAUGGACCGCGCAGUGGUGAGUUGCAGUGUAGCGAUAGGGCCAGGGCCAGGGCCAGGCCCAGAGUGCGAUUUGGGUGUUGUGUGGAUCCACGUUGCGGGUGAAGCGGGGGAGGCGUGGUGCGGUGACGGCGCAGCCAGCUGCUGUAUGUGUACUGACUCGGUUGGAUCCACGAUCGUCUACCAGGGAUCCUACGGUGGGGCGGCAUGCGUUCAUUGGUGAGUGCCCGGUCAUGUUGUGUCCUCUCCGUCGUCCUGGCGCGCUGCUGGGUGGUGGGCGAUCCGGCCAGGUGUGACCGUGACGUGGUCCGACAGCCCCCCCCCCCCCCCCCCCCCCCGAAGAACCCGUUCGGCGAUCAUCCUCGGUCGACACAGCUCCUAUGGUCACCUGGGUCGUCACGUGCACGAACCAGGAAAUACGAGCUGACACGUGGAUGCACCAACUCCCGUGCGAUGAACCGCACCCGACAGAGGCAGCUACAGGUCGAUCACAGUUCAACUUCCCGUUCGGCGCGCCCCUGCCCCCGGCCCAGGGUCGACCGAUGGGAGCCCACCACGGUUCAAGAGCCUCCAUUUCGGGACCGAUGUCCUCCUACUCGCCCCCUGUGCACGGCGGCGGCCCCGGCGGUCCCUUCAAUGGCAUGCAGCGAGGGCACAUGAGAGCCGGUUCGGUCGCGAAUGCGGGCGCCCCUAGACUCCCCGGUGCGGUGCCGAUGCCCCAGUUUUCGCCUCAUCGACAGACACCUCCCGUCCCUGAACAUCAGGCUUCCCCCGGAGCAGGACCAGGUGGUGCAGCAGCAGCUCAAGCGGUCCGAUCGCCGCCCCCUCCCCAGCCGCAACUAGGCGUGAUCCCACCCCAGCCGCAACAGCAGCAGCAGCCACCGCCACCUCAACCACGAGUAGGGCGUCGUCAAUAUGCGGCCAACACGGCGGCCUACAUCGCCGGUGAUCCCAACUUGAGCGCCCCUUCGACUGGCGCCGCCGGUGGAUCGUCUCAUUCCCACAGCCAGAGCCAGUCCUUCUUCUCGCCCGCAACCGGUUUCCAAGACCCUUCGGCCAACAACAACUCUGCUGGAGGCGGCGGCAAUUUCUUCUCGCCCGGCGCACCUGGUGCCCAGCCGGAUCAGUACGGUGCUGGAGCAGGAGGAGCUGCGGCAGCGCAAGGGUAUGGCAGGGGAGGAGCAGCCCCGGGUCCCGGUGGACCAGGCUUUGCAGGUGCGGGUGCAGGCGCAGCGCAGGCGAUGUCGAAUCAGUUUGGGCAAAUGAACUUGGGCGGCGGGCAAAAGGUGCAAGCAUCCGUCUCGACGAUGAACCUGAUCGGACUGCCCCUCCACCCGGCCGAAUUGAUGAGCAUGCCCCCUCCUCCGGUCAAUCUGCCUCCCCACGUCAGUCCCAGCGUCGAAUCUGUCACCUCCUCCUCCCUAGUCACAAGUGCGAACCACUGACUUCAUAGCUACCCGGUAACCUACAGGCCUCCUUCUCGACGAGCGAGACGCGCAAUGCCGACCCAUCCUACCAGCGCGCAACGAUCAAUGCCGUCCCGACGACCAAUUCUUUGCUCAACAAAUCCAAAUUGCCUCUCGCGCUCGUCUUGACGCCUUACCGCUCGCUCAAACCCAACGACCCCGAAGUGCCCGUCGUCUCCGACACCGUCAUCGCGCGAUGCCGACGUUGCCGAACCUACAUCAACCCAUUCGUCACCUUCAUCGAAGGAGGACAGCGGUGGAAAUGCUGCAUGUGCAACCUCUCGAAUGAGGUGCCGCAGCUCUUUGACUGGGACCAAGAGAAGAACGCGCCUGCCGACCGAUACGCUCGAGCCGAACUCAAUUCGUCCGUCGUCGAGUUCAUCGCCCCGACAGAAUACAUGGUCCGCCCGCCGCAACCGCCCUUGUACAUAUUCCUCAUCGACGUGUCCUACUCGGCCGUGACCACGGGUAUGGUCGCAACCGCGGCGAGGACCUUGCUCGAGUCGCUCGAUCGACUGCCCAACGACGAUGGCCGGACAAAGAUCGCCAUCAUCGGUGUCGACUCGUGCCUGCACUUCUUCUCUCUUCCCGCCGGUGCGACCGAACCGUCGAUGCUCGUCGUCGGUGACCUCGACGAGGUCUUCCUCCCCAAGCCGAGCGACAUCCUCGUCAACCUCGUCGAGGCGCGUUCGGCGCUCGAGUCGCUGCUUUCCCGCUUGAGCGACAUGUUCAAAGACACGCACAACGUCGGCAAUGCACUUGGUGCGGGACUGCAAGCCGCCUUCAAACUCGUCUCGCAAGUCGGGGGCAAGGUCAUUGCUUUGACCUCGUCGUUGCCCAACAUUGGGCCCGGGGCGCUCAAGAACCGAGAAGACUCCAAGGUCCUGGGCACAACAAAAGAGUCGGCGCUGCUGCAACCUCAGACGGGCUUCUACAAAUCGUUCGCUAUUGAGUGUUCGCGCUCGCAGGUCUCGGUCGACAUGUGGCUCUUUGCUUCGGCCUACACCGACGUCGCCACGUUGUCUGGCCUGCCUCGAUACACCGGUGGGCAAACGUAUUUCUACCCCUCCUUCAACGCCGCUCGCUCAGAGGACGCCCUCAAGUUCGCGCACGAGUUUGGCACCGUCAUUGCCGAUCCGAUCGCGCUCGAGGCCGUCAUGCGUGUGCGCGCCAGUAAGGGUAUCCGCAUGUCGGCUUUCCACGGCAACUUUUUCGUGCGGUCGACCGACUUGCUCUCCCUCGCCGCCGUGCCAAUGGACCAAUCGUACGCGAUCGAGAUCCAGAUUGAGGACCCCAUUUCGGCACCUUUCGUCGUCUUCCAGACCGCGGUCCUGCACACGACGUGCUACGGCGAACGAAGGAUCCGAGUCGUCACCCAGGCGCUGCCGACGACGUCGAGUUUGAGCGAACUAUAUGCCAACGUUGAUACGGUCGCAAUGGCGACCUUGUUGGCCGACAAGGCCGUUGAGCGGUGCAUGCAAGCCAAGCUCGAGGAUGCCCGCGACGCCAUCAUGAACAAGCUGAUCGACAUCUUGGGCACGUACAAAGCGACGAUGACGUCCUCCGGAUCCGGGGCCUCGCCUCAGCUGGUGUGCGCCGAGAACAUGAAGUUCUUGCCAUUGUUGAUGUUGGGUCUGAUCAAGCACAUAGGCUUGCGUCAAUCGGCGAUGAUCCCUUCGGAUUUACGAGCCUACGCCCAGGCCUUAUUGACGACCUUGCCGUCGCAACUCCUGAUCCCUUACCUCCACCCCGUCUUUUACUCGCUGCACAACAUGCCCAAGGAAUGUGGCACGAUCGGCGACCAGGGCGUCGUGUUGCCCAUCCCUUUGCCGCUUUCGAGCGAAAGGUUGGAAAGGCACGGCUUAUUCUUGAUCGAGGAUGGGCAGAACGUCUUCCUUUGGUUAGGUAGGGACGCCGUCCCGCAGUUGGUGUUGGACGUCUUUGACGUGCCGAGUUAUGCCGAGUUGAGAGGGGGCAAGGUAAGAAGCUGAAUUACCCGUGUGGUUGCAUGGUCGCAUGAUCGAGUAGAGACUGACUUUUGUGACUACGCGUGUGCUCUAAGAUGACGUUGCCCGUCUUGGACAACGCGUUCUCGCAACGGGUCAAUGCUAUCAUUGGCAAGGUUAGGGAAGCCCGACGGGGACCCUACUAUGUACGUACCACCCGCACUCACUUGGGUCUUUGGCGUCCCAACAUCUGACCACUCCUUCGUUUUUCGUUCCAACAUAGGCGCACCUCUACGUCGUCAAAGAGGAUGGCGAUCCGGCGUUGCGUCAAUGGGCCCUGUCGUUGUUGAUCGAGGACAGGAUGGAAGGUCUGCCGAGUUACCAACAGUUUUUGGGGCAGUUGAAGGAUCGCAUCAACGACAAGAGCUUCUGA